CUGCUACAUAAAAUUGAUCCAGAAAUCGAUAGUUGAGAAUCUGUUGCUUGUGAUCACGCAAUUCUAAGAUUAGAAGGAUGCUUCCGUGAAUUUGGUGCGGUUUUACCUCAAUCUGUAUUCGUAUCCAUCUCUCAAGUCUAUCGGAAGAAGCCAUGAGCCUCGUGCCGUUCCCUCCACCGCCAACCGCCGGAGAUGAUGAUAACAGAAGCAGUGGCGGAGCUGAUGAUAACUCAGCAGCUACUCCGCCCUUGUCAAUCGAUACUCUAGCAAUCAAUUCACCCUCUUUACCAAUUUCUCGAGGUCCGGUGAAAUUGACUGCGAGGUCAUGCUUGUACGAGAUAUGUGUGAAAAACCAUUGGAAACGUCCCGUAUUCGCUUGUUGUGACGAAAAAGGUCCGAGUAAUCUCAGAUUAUGAUUCAACACCAACCUUAGAGAUGAUGUACGUGAAACAGGUUCACUUAUAAGGCCAUUGUUGAGAUGAAAGAAGGCUCAAGGUCAAGGAUAGUGGUUGAGUGCAUUGGCAAGCCUCAGCCAAACAAGAAAAGUGCAGCAGAUUCAGCUGCUGAAGGAGUUUUGUGGUACCUCGUGCGUUUAGGUUAUCCCAAAAAGCCUGACCGGUCCAAGAAAGUAAGGUGAUUGGUUGUACUGUAGCUUGGAUUAAUUUCAAUAAUCUUGACACCACGCAAUUGCAAACACAAGUAUAUGAAACUGCAUUAUAAUAUGCAUGGUAUUGCAUUUCUGUGAAACCCAUAUGAGUUUAUGUUCUCAUUGCCAGUGCAGUAUGAUUGAAGUGGUUCAGUUCUUGGUC